CACUGAUUGGUUGUGGGUGGCAGGUGGGCGUGGUCUUGUCCUUACAGUGGGCGUGGUCUUGUCCUCACAGUGGGCGUGGUCUUGUCCUCACAGUGAGUGGAGUCAGCUGUGAGAAAGUAUGACAUCACAGGCAGGCUGAGCAGGGAAGGAACUUUUUGUUCGAAGGAGACUUUUUUUUUGACGCUGGUAUCAGACUUUUUGUUUCUUCUGUCACCUUCAUGUUGUCAUCACACAGAGUUCACCGUCGGGCUGCCGGACGUGAGCGCACCCCGGGGCUCUGACAUAUACCAGAUCCCCGGCCGCGGGGGACGGCCGAGAUUAAAACCCGUGAUUGCGGCGGCGAGUGGACGAAAGGAAUCGAAGGCAGAGGAAAAACACCGCUUAUCUUUCACCUUUGUUCUUGGCCCCAUGGAAGAUCUGCGCAGGUUGAAAAAAGCCAGACGUUGGUGGAGAUGAUGGAGUGAGGGAGGAAGUGGAGACAUGAGAGGACGCCGUUCCUGCGCCAGCUGCUUGGAGAGCAAUUAACCCCGCGGGCAGCGUCAGCCGAGGACCGGCUUCUAUAUUGUGACGGGUUUGGCGCCAUCAUGUUUCAGAGCUCGCCUCGCAGGGCUCUUCUCCUGCUGCUGCUCCUCCACGGCUCCCUCCAGGCCUCUCAGGCCGCCAAAGCCAAAGGUCCGGGCCACACGCACCUCAACUCCAUCCGCAUCGACGGCGACAUAUCCCUGGGCGGACUCUUCCCGGUGCACGCCAGGGGCCACGACGGCAAGCCCUGCGGCGAGCUGAAGAAGGAGAAGGGCAUCCACCGCCUGGAGGCCAUGCUCUUCGCCCUGGACCGCAUCAACAACGACAACAACCUGCUGCCCAACAUCACGCUGGGGGCCCGGAUCCUGGACACUUGCUCCCGGGACACUCACGCCCUGGAGCAGUCGCUCACGUUCGUGCAGGCGCUGAUCGAGAAGGACGGCACCGACGUCAAGUGUCUGGGCGGCGGGGCGCCCAUCAUCACCAAACCGGAGCGGGUGGUGGGGGUGAUCGGAGCCUCUUCCAGCUCCGUGUCCAUCAUGGUGGCAAACAUACUCCGGCUGUUCAAGAUCCCGCAGGUGAGCUACGCCUCCACGGCUCCGGAGCUCAGCGACAACACCCGCUACGACUUCUUCUCCCGGGUGGUGCCCCCGGACACGUACCAGGCCCAGGCCAUGGUGGACAUCGUCAAAGCCAUGAGGUGGAACUACGUCUCCACCGUGGCCUCCGAGGGCAACUACGGCGAGAGCGGCGUGGACGCCUUCAUCCAGAAGUCCCGCGAGGACGGGGGCGUGUGCAUCUCGCAGUCGGUGAAGAUCCCCCGCGAGCCCAAGCAGGGCGAGUUCGACAAGGUGAUCCGACGACUCCGCGAAAACCCCAACGCAAGAGUGGUCAUCAUUUUCGCCAACGAGGACGACAUCAGGCGGCUGCUGGACGCGGCUAAGAAGGCCAACCAGACCGGUCAUUUCAUCUGGGUGGGUUCGGACAGCUGGGGCUCCAAGAUCUCACCCGUUCUGCACCAGGAGGAGAUGGCGGAAGGGGCGGUCACCAUCCUGCCCAAGCGUCAGUCCAUCAAAGGUUUUGACCGUUACUUCAUCAGUCGGACGCUGGAGAACAACCGGCGGAACAUCUGGUUCGCGGAGUUCUGGGAGAACAACUUCAGCUGCAAGCUGAGCCGUCACGCCUUGAAGAAAGGCUCCGGACUCAAGAAGUGCACAAAUCAGGAGCGUAUCAGCAAGGAUUCAAACUACGAGCAAGAGGGCAAAGUGCAGUUCGUCAUCGACGCCGUCUACGCCAUGGCUCACGCGCUACACAACAUGCACCAGGAGCUCUGCCCGGGCAAAGUGGGCCUGUGCGGCAAGAUGGACCCCAUCAACGGCACGCACCUGCUCAAGCACAUCCGCCGCCUCAACUUUAAAGGUAUUGCAGGAAACCCGGUGCUCUUCAACGAAAACGGCGAUGCCCCUGGUCGGUAUGAGAUCUACCAGUACCAGAUCCGGAACCAAACGGCGGAAUACAAAAUCAUCGGCCACUGGACAGAUCAACUUCAUCUAAAUGUUCGCUCGAUGCAGUGGCCCGGCAUAGUCCGCCAGAUCCCUUCGUCGAUCUGCAGCCAGCCAUGUCGGGCCGGCGAGCGCAAGAAGACGGUCAAGGGCAUCCCUUGCUGCUGGCACUGCGAGCGCUGCGACGGCUAUCAGUACCAGGCGGACACGUUCACCUGCAAGAUGUGCCGCUUCGACCUGCGGCCCAACCAGAACCACACGGGCUGCGUUCCCAUCCCCAUCGUGAAGCUGGAGUGGAGCUCUCCGUGGGCGGUGAUCCCUGUGCUCAUCGCGGUGGUCGGCAUCAUGGCCACUCUCUUCGUGGUGGUCACCUUCGUUCGCUACAACGACACCCCCAUCGUGAAGGCGUCGGGGCGGGAGCUCAGCUACGUGCUGCUGACGGGGAUCUUUCUCUGCUACGCCACCACCUUCCUGAUGAUCUCCACCCCUGAUGUGGGGAUCUGCUCCCUGAGGCGGAUCUUUCUGGGCUUGGGUAUGAGCAUCAGCUACGCUGCCCUGCUCACCAAGACCAACCGCAUUUACCGCAUCUUCGACCAAGGCACCAUGUCUUUGAGUGCGCCCCGGUUCAUCUCCCCGGCGUCGCAGCUCAUCAUCACGUUCACCUUGGCCUCGGUGCAGCUGCUGGGCGUGUGCAUCUGGUUUGGCUUGGAUCCCUCCAAGGCCAUCAUCGAUUACGAGGAUCAGAGGACCUCUAAUCCGUCCAUGGCCCGUGGCGUGCUCAAGUGCGACAUCUCUGACCUCUCCCUCAUCUGCCUGCUGGGCUAUAGCAUGCUGCUAAUGGUCACCUGUACGGUCUACGCCAUAAAAACCAGAGGGGUACCAGAGACCUUCAAUGAGGCCAAACCCAUUGGUUUUACCAUGUACACCACCUGCAUCAUCUGGCUCGCCUUCAUCCCCAUCUUCUUCGGCACCUCGCAGUCAACAGAAAAGGGUGAGAGCCUCUCCAAGAUUUCCAUGAUGUACAUCCAGACCACCACGCUGACCAUCUCGGUCAGCCUGAGCGCCUCCGUGUCCCUUGGCCUGCUCUACAUGCCCAAGGUCUACGUGGUGCUCUUCCACCCGGAGCAGAAUGUGCUCAAGCGCACACGCAGCCUGAAGGCCGUGGUCACGGCCGCCACUAUGUCCAACAAGUUCAGCCCCAAGGCCGGACUCAGACCCAACGGAGAGGCCAAGACCGAGCUGUGCGAAAGCUUGGAGACACAAAGUUUCUCCACCAAGCAGACGUACAUCAGCUACAGCAACCACGCCAUCUAACGGACACCUUCAGCUCCACCUUAUAUUCUCUUUACUUCAGGAUUUCUGCCUGAUCCACUUCAGGAGUGUUCCAAAAAAAAAAAAAAAAAGCCAAAAAUGAACGUGGGGAUGAAGGGGAAUGCUCUCCAAAAGCGGCGAGGAGAAACCACUGGGAUGCACUCCAGGGGACGCAGAAAGGCUUGUAAGGAAAAAAAAACACUGCAUGACAGAGGAGGUUUUUUUUUCUUAAUGUGUCAUGUGGAUCAGAGAUCUGACAUACGUGGAGGUGUCGUCCAUGUCGUCUUUUGCAUCACCAACACCCGAGAAGUCCACACCAAAAAGACUUAGGGAGGGGGUAGAAAACCAAAAAAAAAAAAAAGAUGGCUCCCUGUGUCCUGACCAAGUCUAUGAUAGACCGGCUUUGGUUUGGUUCUGGACUGCCGGUCAGAUGCUACAUUUUUGUGCAUGAUCACGUCUUGUUGUUGUUGACAAAACAAAAAAAAAGAAAAAUAUCUAUAUUUGGAAUGCAUUUUACCUGUUUGGGCCUCUUGUGCGUUUCUCUGAAUGGUGACGAUGUAGUGACGUGUUGCCACCCCCCCAACCCCCCAAAGAGGGCGCCACUGCCAUCAAACCCACCUGUUGGGGCCCACCUACCUUCAUCCCCCACCGUGGCCUGGAUGUAGAGCCUCCCGUCCCCUGCCAGCAGCCAUUCCCCCCGGACACACCCCGGAGGAUUUAAGAGGACGUACGCCCUUGGGAGCCAUACCCCCUGAAGGUGAUAUCUAUAUAUCCCUCAUCCCUUAGAGCGGUCAUUACUCCAGGCGGGCUCCGUGUCCUUCCCCGGCGUGAUAAGGGUACGGCUUUUGAAGAUAUAUUUACAAACCCCAAAAGCAGUGAAGUUUGUCACGUUGUGUAAAUGGUAAAUAAUCCUGUUCAAUUUAUAUUCAAUUGAAAAGACUGCAAAUACUUUGUUAUUUUUUGCAAAUAUUAGCUCAUUUGGAAUUUGAUGCCUGCAACAUGUUUCAAAAAAAGCUGGCACAAGUGGCAAAAAAGAGUGAGAAAGUUGAGGAAUUGCUCGUCAAAGACUUAUUUGGAACAUCCCACAGGUGAACAGGCUAAUUGGGAACAGGUGGGUGCCAUGAUUGGGUAUAAAAGUAGAUUCCAUGAAAUGCUCAGUCAUUCACAAACAAAGACGGGGCGAGGGUCACCACUUUGUCAACGAAUGCCUGAGCAAAUUGUUUAGGAACAACAUUUCUCAACCACCUAUCGCAAGGAAUUUAGGGAUUUCACCAUCUACGCUCCGUAAUAUCAUCAAAAGGUUCAGAGAAUCUGGAGAAAUUGCUGCACGUAAGCGGCAAGGCCGAAAACCAACAUUGAAUGCCCGUGGCCUUCGAUCCCUCAGGCGGUACUGCUUUAAAAAACGACAUCGGUGUGUAAAGGAUAUCACCACAUGGGCUCAGGAACACUUCAGAAAACAACUCUCAGUAACUACAGUUGGUCGCUACAUCUGUAAAUGCAAGUUCAAACUCAACUGUGCAAAGCCAUUUAUCAACAACACCCAGAAACGCCAUCAGCUUCGCUGGGCCCGAGCUCAUCUAAUAAUGGACUGAUGUAAAUUGGAAAAGUGUUCUGUGGUCUGACGAGUCCACAUUUCAGAUUGUUUUUGGAAACUGUGGACCAAAGAGGAAAAGAACCAUCCGGACUGUUCUAUGGUGAAAGUGUAAAAGGCAGCAUGUGUGAUGGUAUGGAGGUGUAUUAGUGGCCAAGACAUGGGUAACUUACACAUCUGUGAAGGCACCAUUAAUGCUGAAAGGUACAUACAGCUUUUGGAGGCAUCCAAGCAACGUUAUCAUGGACGCCCCUGCUUAUUUCAGCAAGACGAUGCCAAGCCAGGUGUUACAACAGCGUGAUUUCAUAGUAAAAGAGUGCGGGUACUAGACUGGCCUGUCUGUAGUCCAAAUGUGUGAGGGCUAAAAUAUGAGAAGGGAGACUGUUGAACAACUUAAGCUGUACAUCAAGCAAGAAUGGGAAAUAAUUCCACUUCAAAAAUGUGUCUCCUCAGUUCCCAAACCUUUACUGAGUGUUGUUAAAAGGAAAGGCCAUGUAACACAGUGGUGAACAUGCCAUUAAAUUCUAAGUUAAUGAUUAUUUGCAAGAAAAUAUCUUGUCUUUGCAGUCUAUUCAAUUGAAUGUAAGUUGAAAAUGAUUUGUUGUAUUCUCUUUUUAUUUACCAUUUACACAACCUGACAACUUCACUGCUUUGGGGGUUUUGUCCAUGAAGUCUCUGGGUGAAGUCUUGCUGACUUCACGUUCCUUCAAAGCCGUGACGUGUGUCCGGGGAGCCAUUUUGUGUCGUGAGUUCACCGCUGCUGACGUCUGUGUGGGAGGGUCGGGUGUGCUGACUAAAUUACGUGUGAUUCAAUAGAUUGGUGACGUCCGCUUUCUGUCCCCACAUAAUCCAAAAAGAAGAUGUACACAACGUUAACAGUGCCUGGCUUAUCAGAUGUACGUCUUUGUAAAAAGAAAACAAACAAACAAAAAAAAUCUUACGAAGUGUGUGAAGCAUGUUUAUUUUUUUGAUACCAAAUUUUAUUUCUAUUAAAAUGUUUCAAACUCUCAA